AUGUAUCUAAAUCUCACUGAGCAAUGGAACGCAAGAAACAUCCCAGUCGCCCCACAGGGGCUUGUGAGAGGUGUCGAAGAAGCAAGACAAAAUGCGACAAAACUAGCCACCUUCCAUGCUCUUCGUGUGCGGCGCGUAAAGUUGAGUGUACUCUGGCGAAAACCGAACGUAGGGAUAGAGCUUCUCCCAGGUCAGUCAAGUUACAUCAAUACUGGAAACACGAAUUUGAAAUCUGAUCGGACGAGCAUCCAUGACAGACCGGCCCGUCUUCUUUCUAUAGAGGACCGAAUUGCUCGAAUUGAAUCACUCGUGACAACCUACCCACUUAAUGCGGAGGCGCCCUCAAAAGCAAAUCCCAGCUCACUUAAUGCACUCACCUCGACUAUUGAAGAGCAAGCUAGACUCGACGAGAAAGGCUCAUUACACCUUUUGAAGGAUGGCGAGACCGAGUUUAUAGGCUUGAGCUCAGGCUUGACGAUAUUAUCGCCCGCUGGGCUUGAAUGGCUUUCGGCGAGAAUUGGACCUUCUCGUAUGGAACAAUUAAUGGCAGUUCUCAAAUUCGUCCGCUCCUCUCCUUCACUAUCAUUGAGUCACUUUUCUGGCACUGCUGCAUCGCAGCCUCGACAAGAACUUCCACCAAAACCUCUAGCAAUUGUUUAUGUCACUGCGUUUUUUGAGAAUCUGCAGCCAUGGCUCCCCUUUAUUCAGAGAUCCACCUUUGAUUACUACUUUGAACAUCAAUACUCAGAUACUCCACCAUCUUCUUCUUGGUAUGCUAUGCUGAAUGCUGUCAUAUGUCUUGGGUAUACAUCAAUGAAGCAAGCGUCUAUCUUGACGGAAGAUGAGACAAAUGCUGCUCUAGGCUACCUUAACAAUGCGAUGUCUAUCGUUCCUGACCUGAUAUUCUCACCUGUGGACACAUUGGGGAUUCAAGCGCUUUUGACAAUGGCGACUAUUCAAAACUCAAAUAUGUCAUUUCAAGCAGCUUCAAUGCUGUUAUCAAUCGCCGUCCGCCUUGGUCUUGCCAAAGGUUUCCACCAAAAACCUGCGGGCGGUUCUAUGAACACAGAGUCUUCUAUCUCGAGGGCGAACAUCUUUUGGAUUGCCUAUGUGAUGGAUAAAGGGAUGUGCAUCCGGCUUGGACAUCCCCCUUUGAUAGAUGAUGACGAGAUUGGCAUUGGCUUACCCUCAAAAGAAACGGAAAAUGGCGAACCAAGAUUUCUCCGACACAUGGUUGAAUUGUCACUCAUUCAAAGUAAGGUGUGCAAGUGGAUGUACUCAUGUCGAUAUCGGACGAAGCCCGUGGACCAGAGAUUAAAUCUCAUGGACGAGCUUGACAAUUUGUUGGAUUCCUGGAAAAAUGAACUUCCACCGAAUUUCAGACCAGAAAAUUGCCAUUCGACUGAAAUAAUUGGUCCGGUCUUGAAUAUGCACAUGUCUUAUAACUACGCCGUGGCAGCACUCCACCGCGCUUCAUUGGGCUUAUCACUUGAGCCUGGCCUUGAGGAGGCUCUAAGACACGGGUCUAUCAAUAGAGUACAGAGGGUGGAGCUAAGUGCCCAACUUUGUCUUUCGGUAUCGAGAGCUACGAUCGAUCUACUGAAAUACGGAAACGGCUCACUUCCUACUCAUUAUGUGACAUGCUGGUCCAUCUGUUUCCACGUUCUUGUUGCCGCCCUGGUUCUGUUUGUGCACACAGUUAAUAAUCCACGCCGACCUGAGGCUCGCUCCAAUCUAGCAUACCUACAGCUCUUCGCGAGGACUGUACACACAUCACCGCUCACUGAGAAGUUGCCAAUAGGGAAAGGCUUCAGCGCCCUUGCAGAUUUAAUUGCUAGUAUCGCUGCCUCUGUCAUCAUCAGUAGUCAUGAGGUCCUGGCCACACAAGAGUUAAACACUGCAGGCGAUCCUCCGACAUCUGCCAGUGGUGGAUUGCCGAUGCCUCAGAUUUCAGGUGUAGCUAACGCCGCUGCUCUACCAUUAGAUCAGGGAUUUGAUGACAAUCACCUACCUGCAAUUGAGACAGCCUCAAAUGUCUUUGAUUUUCUAUUUCAAUCUCUUUCUCCCUUCGACAUGGAGAUGUAA